AUGACCGAAUCAGCGUACAACGCCAUCGAAGACUAUGGCUUGAUCGGGGACAUGCACACUUGUGCCCUGAUCAGCAAGGCCGGUAGCUUGGAUUACAUGUGCUGGCCAGUCUUUGACUCUCCUACUGUCUUUUGUCGCCUGUUGGACGACAAGAAAGGAGGCUUCUUCGCGGUGUCCCCCUACAAGACGGUUGUCGAUGCCCACAGCAAGCAACGAUAUCUCCCUUACUCCAAUCUCCUCGAAACUCGAUGGACUAACGAGGAUGGUGUUGUGACUAUGCUUGACUAUUUCCCGGUCACCCCCAAGAAGGGUGCCCAGUCGGCUCGAAUGCUAUCGGGGUAUUGCCCCUGCAAUGAACCGGGUACCAACCGCUUCAAGUCUGGAUUGCAGCACUCCGGCCUGAUCCGCAAACUGGAGUGUAGUCGUGGAUCGAUGGAAUUGCAAGUAGAGCUGUUCCCGGCCUUCAACUAUGCACGAGACUCGCAUAACACCCGUGCAAAGCUGGAGAAUGACUUGUGCAAGCACCGACUUCAGACGAUCCACUUUGAGAGCGAGGAAGAAAGGCUGCAGGUCGAGAUCUUCGCCGAUUCGCGCGAGCCAGAUAAGCUGGGCUUCCCCUCGGCAUCUUUCAAACUGGAAGACCGCCCGGGUUUGAAAGGCCGUGGACUGGUUGCUUGGAUCCGUCUGUCGGAGGGCCAGACGGUGAACUUGGUUCUCCACAGCCCCGAGAAGGCUGUACCCAGCUCGGCCACCAUUGCUGCCUACCUGUGGAAAAUGGAGGAGGAAACCUCCGACUACUGGACCAACUGGACCCGGAAAUGUGCCUUCCGGGGUCAUUACCGCGAGACGGUCGAGCGCAGCUUGCUGAUUCUGAAGCUGCUGACCUACAAACCAACUGGUGCCAUCGUCGCGGCACCGACCUUCUCGCUCCCCGAAAACGUGGGAGGCUCGCGCAACUGGGAUUACCGAUAUUCAUGGGUGCGUGACACAGCCUUCACGCUGUACGUGUUUCUCAAAAUGGGCUACAGCCAGGAAGCGGAAGCGUACGUCAACUUCAUCUUCGACCGUAUCUUCCCGCAUGCCGCUCAGGAUCUCGACCCCAACAGUAAGCGGCCCUUCUUGCCGCUGAUGUUCACCAUCCGGGGUGAGUACGAUAUUCCCGAGGUAGAACUUGAUCACCUCGAUGGAUACAAAGGCAGCAAGCCCGUUCGCAUCGGCAACGCCGCCGUAUUUCACACACAGUUGGACAUCUACGGCGAAUUGUUAGACAGUAUUUACCUGUACAACAAGCACGGGAACCCUAUCACCUACGACCAAUGGAACUCAAUUCGUCGUAUGGUGAAUUAUGUCGUCGGUGUUCGAGAUCAGAAAGACAUGUCAAUCUGGGAGUCUCGUGGCCAGAUCCAAAACUUCAUCUACUCGAAGAUCAUGAUGUGGGUGGCUCUGGAUCGGGGAAUUCGUUUGGCCGAGAAGCGUGCCAGCCUGCCAUGUCCGGAUCGUUUCGACUGGAUUAAGGUGCGCGACCAAAUGUACGAUGAAAUCAUGACCAAAGGGUACAAUGAGGAGCGCGGUCAUUUCUGUCAGAGUUACGAGAGCCGAGAUGUCCUCGACGCCUCUAUCUUGAUUGCGCCCUUGGUCUUUUUUGUUGCGCCCAAUGACCCGCGUUUCAUUAGCACCCUCAAGAGGAUCUUGGAAAGCCCCGAAAAGGAAGGCCUGUCGAGUGCCAAGAUGGUCUUCCGUUAUGACCAUUUGAGAGCCAACGAUGGCGUGGGAGGGGGCGAGGGGGCCUUCAUCAUGGUGACCUUUUGGCUUGUUGAAGCUAUGGCCCGCGCCGCCAAAUACGAUGUGCCUAUCCCGAACAUCUGGAAACUGGCACUUUCGCACUUCGACAACAUUCUGUCCUACGCUAAUCACCUAGGCAUGUUUUCCGAAGAAGUGGCUAUCUCCGGGGAGCAAAUGGGCAACAGCCCUCAGGCAUUCAGUCACCUGGCCUGUAUCAGCGCGGCAAUUAAUCUGGAGCGACUUGGAAGAGUAGGAGACUAA